UGAUAAUUUGUGAAAGAUCUAUAUAGGUAUCCUUGAAGAUUUGAUCCAAGAUUUAUACUGUGAAACCAAAGAUUCAUGAACAGAAUUAAAGAGCCGAGAUCAUCCAUAUGGGUAGGUGUUGGUCGAGACAGGACAGGCGGAGCGGACCAGCCAGCGUGGGCUCUGCCAAGAUUCCCAUGUGCUGUGCUAACAGCUCGACGGACUUGGUUGCUGCCAUGGGAAGCUAGAAGCUUAGAAGUGAAUGAAUCUGGCAAGGGACUCAUACUAGCGUACAGGGAGAGUACUAAUUUACAUUCUAUAUCGCCAGGUAAACACAAUGGAUGGGUACCAGCCAAUCACAUAGAUCAGUUUAGAGAACAAUUAAAGAAGGGUCCAAUCUUUGCACGAGUUGAUAUUUACCGUCUCAUGUUCAUGGGCUUGCUCCUUUGCUGGCUUGGUCCUCUGCAGAGCAGCUUCUGACCUGGUCCUAAUGUUAUUAUUUUCUCAUUCAGUUGCCUAUCUGUUGCUGCGUUCUUUUAGACACAUCGCAAGGAGAUCACGACCGAGACAAAGUCUCCGAUGACUCCAUCCCAUCAGACGAAAGCAAGAAGGCAGAGCUCGGACAGCCCUCCACCAGGCUUUCCUUCGUCGAAGAACACAAGCAAGGUGGCGUCAACAUCUCAGCCAAACAAGGGACACAACAAAAGCAAGGCCACACAGGACUCUGAAGGACAGAGACCAGGAACAGCAAAGCACAGCACGUGUCCCAAAAUUGGACUUAUGCCAGGAGUCAGAUACAAUCGUUGCUUCAUGUGUAGGGUAACAGGUAGCCCUCUUGACCCACUCAAAGUCCCCAAAUCGCUAUGUAAGGACAUCACUGGGAAAUUCCCUCAGAAAAUUGAGCUUGAGAACACGGUUGGAAAGUUCAUCAGAACACGGGUGGGAUGAUUUCGUGGAAGCCGACGGCAUUCUAGAAGGUGAUACCUUUAUCUUUGACUACACCGUGGAUUCAACACUCAAAGUACCAUUCUCUGAUACAAUGGAUGCGAGAAGAUCCAAGACCACAAUACCUAGAGAUCACCCUGAAAUAAUCUUUUGUCCAUCGGUUCAGCAAUCUAUGCUAGAGCUUAAGUUCUAUAUAUGUAAUAGAUCUUCUGUAUUGCCCUAUAAAACUACCAACUGAUGACCAAUAUGAAGUUUCUAUUA